AUGGCGUCUCCUCCGGGCCCGGGGUCUGCCAACCGCGCGCUCUCCUCCUCGUCGAGGGGGCCGCUCUCGCCCUUCCCCGGCGCGGCCCGCGACGCCGUCCCUUUCCUCCGGCACCACCACCCUCCCGGCGGCGACUCCGACGGCGGCGCCUCCAUGGACGAGUUCGACGAAGACGACGACGACGACGACGACGAUGAGGAGGAGGAUCAGGAUGCCGAGCUGGCGGCCCGCAGCUCGCUGCAGCGACGCGACUCCUCUCCAGCUCUUGGCCUUGCAGUCCAGGCAUUUAGACGCGAGGAAGAGUCGGCAAAAACACUGAAAAGAAGAAGAGAUCGCAUUGAACAGGGUUUUGAUUCGAUCCACGCCGCCGCCGCCGCCGCCGCCAGCCGGAUGGCCAUGGAGCGGGAGCUCAUGGAGACCUUCGAGGCCGCCAAGAAGGCCGCCGACGCGGCCGCCGAGGAGGCCGACGGCUCCUCCCCCGAGGCCGAGCGCUGCCUCGACGCCCUGCGCCGCCUCCGCGAGUUCCGCGUCAACACCGACGUCCUCGUCUCCACGCAGGUUGGCAAACGUCUUCGGUACCUGACGAAGCACCCUAACUCAGACAUACAGGCGGUGGCUGCAGACCUUUUUGGGUACUGGAAGAAGGUUGUUAUUGAAGAGACAGGAAAGAAAAACGGCACACCAGCGAAUGGAAAAUCAGAUAACUCUGCAGCUAAGGCUGAGAAACCUCAGCCCAUGAAGGUUGAAAAGAAGUCAGCGCACGUGAAGGUUGAGAAGAACUCUAUGUCGACAACUGUGAAGUCUGAAAAGAAUGCAACUGUGAAGACUGAAAAGAAUUCUAUGUCGGCAAGCGUGAAGAUUGAGAAGACUGCGAAUAAUGAUUCCAAAGUCCAAGUUAAGGUUGAGAAGGUUUCAAAGGAAGUUAGCAGAACAUCUGAAACAAAGAAACCAUCUUCUGUUCCAAAUGGUCCCCCAAAGCUGACAUCCCUCGUCAGAUGCAACGAUGCUGCUCGAGAUAAAUACAGGGAGCUUCUUGUUGACGCGUUCGUCAAGGUUUCCAAGGAAACUAGCGAGGAUGACAGAGAGGAAAUAAGAGAUCUACUGGACCAGGUAAAUGCAUGCGACCCAUAUAGAGUUGCUGUGACAGUGGAGUCGGCCUUGUUUGAGAGGAUCGGGCGUUCCACUGGGACCCACAAGGUGAAAUACAGGUCGAUACUGUUCAACCUAAAGGCGGACAACAACCCUGACUUCCGGCGGAGGGUGCUGCUGGGCGAGGUGAGGCCCGGGAGCCUGGUGGAUAUGCCAGCGGACGAGAUGGCGAGCGACGCUCGGAAGCUGGAGAACCAGCAGAUCAAGGAGAAGGCCCUGUUUGACUGCGAGCGCGCGUCGGCGCCCAAGGCGUCGACGGACCAGUUCAAGUGCGGGCGGUGUGGGCAGCGCAAGACGACCUACUACCAGCUGCAGACGCGGAGUGCCGACGAGCCCAUGACGACGUUUGUGACGUGCGUCAACUGCAACAACCACUGGAAGUUCUGCUGA